AUGCCUCAAGGAAGUAAUCGACAUCCAUUAGAUAGUGCAUCAACAUCGACAAUGCAACAACAACAACAACAAGAACAGCAACAACAACAACAACAACAUCAACAACAACAACAUCAACAACAACAACAACAACAACAACAACGACAGCAACAACAAUUACCAUCAAAUUUUCGUCCAGCAAUACAGAUUAAUGGUGAUAAAUCAACGCAGUCAGCUCAUGCAACACUGAUGGCUCGUAUGGAAGCAUUACGACGACUUCAACAGGGAUCAACUUCAAAUCAAUUCAUUUCAACUGAACCAUCAAAAUUAAAUCCUCCUGUUGCUGAUGCUCCACAAACCGAUCUUUCUGGUAUUGGACCUACCGGACAAUUACCGCCAGUGGAUAAAAGCGUUGAUUUGGACGGUGAUGGCGCAUUAAGUCUUGCUGAAGUACAAUAUGCUGCAUUUGUACAUCACGGAUUAUCCAGUAAUGUCAUUGAAAGUCUUUUCAAUGAGGUUGAUAAAAAUGAUGAUGGUUAUUUAACAUCAAUAGAAUUUAAUGAUAUACGACCAUUGGUACUUGCAAAAGCUGAAAGUGCUGCACAACGUUAUUUACAAACAGUUGACAAAGAUCAUAAUGGCUUAUUAUCACUUAAAGAAGCACAAGAGUAUAUUUUAAAAGAAUAUGGAAUUGGAAAUCGUGACGUAGAACGAAUAUGGCGUUUAGUGGUACCAAAUUUAAGUGUUGAAAUGGAUGCUACAAUGUUUAGUAAACUUCGACGACGCAUUCGAGCAAUGUCAAUUCGACUUGCUAGGCUAAUUAUGAAGAAUGCUGAUAAAAAUGAAGAUGGACAUAUUGAUAAAAGAGAAGCACAAAAGAUAGCAUUCGAACAGGAAGGUAUCAGUGCAGGUGAUGUAAAUGAAAUGGUAAUGUCUGUUGAUGAUAACAAUGAUGGCGAAUUAAAUGCACCAGAAUUUGCUGAUUUCGAACGAAUUAUUCGCUCACGAGCUAUUGAUACAUCAAAAAAAGCAUUAAAGGUAGUUGAUCGGGAUGGAAGUGGUACUGUAACAAUGGAUGAAGCAAAACGUAUCGCAUUUGAUCAUUAUGGUUUUGAUGAAAAAAUUCUUGGACCAUUUUUUGCUCAAGCGGAUGAAAAUGAAGAUGGCCAACUGGAUCCGGUUGAAUUUGCCGGAUUUCGAUCAGUUAUACGUAGUAAAGCUGUUAAAAAUGCUUUAGAUAUUAUGCAGGAAAUUGAUAGUGAUGGUGAUGGUUACAUUAAUAAUUCGGAAGCUGUUGCAAUGGCUCGACGACAAGAUGACAUGGAUCCUAAGGAAACAUUUAAUUUAUUUGUUAUUGCUGAUCAGGAUAAGAGUGGAAAGUUAGAUAAAGUAGAAUUAGCUGAUUUUUUGCGCCUCGUACGAUUAAGUGCCAUCAAAUUUGCAACUGAACAUUUUAAAGAAUUUGAUAUGAACAAGGAUAAAACGGUAACAAUUGAUGAAUUAGAAGAAUUAAUCGAAUUAAAAUAUAAAAUCGAUCGGAUAAUAACGCGACAAUUUUUCAAAAAAGUGGAUGUGGACAGUUCGGGUGAUUUAACACCUGGCGAACUUGUUGAUUUCAGACAUGAAAUUCGACGAUUUGUUACGGAACGUAAUUCGCAACGACCAUACGAUUCGACCAAAUCUAAUGAUCAAGAUGGCACUCGUGGUGAAAGUACUGAAGAAGUAAUAAGUGAUAGUGUAACAAAGAGCAUUAACAACAACAACAAAAACAAUCGAACAAUGUUAUCAAUGAGUGGGACAGAUAAGGAAGAACAAAGGUCACAAGCACAGAUCACUGAUAAAAUUAUUCAAAACCAACAACCAAUUGUGACAAAAUCACCAAAAGUAGAAAUGAAUGCAAGAAAAGGAAAAGAAUUAUUAAAACAGAGUAUUGCAACUUCAUCGGAUGCAAAUUUAUUAUCAGUAACAACAAUGAUGAAUACAAUUAUGAAGCAAUCAGUUAAUCAUCCUGAACAAUUUACUGCAAAACAUAAAAUACAAUCUGAGCAUUCAGAAGUUGACAUUGUAAAUGACGGUGAUGUCACUUCAGUUGACAUGACAGCAAAUCGAAAUCAUGAUAAAUCUAUAGCACAAGCUGAUGGUAAUGAAAAAGGUACUGAGCAAGAUCCAACAUUAUCAAUGAUUCAUGAUGGAAAUGAUAAACAAGAAUUAGAAUCAAUGGUAGGUGAUAUAACAACAACAGAAGGGAUGGAAUCAGUACAGAGUGAAUUGGAAUUAAAAUCACAAUCAGUACAACAAGAAGACGAAUCAGAAAGUGGUGAUUCAAUUAAGGAACAAAAUAAUGAUAAUGAUAAUUUGGAAGUUGUACAUAAUCAAGAUGAAAUACAAUCUGAAACAAGUACGAAUGAUAAGAGUGAUAUGAUUGUUGAGGAAAUUGAUAAAAAUAUGGAACAACGAACUUCUGAUAAUUUUCCAGUAGCAUCUUCAGAUGCACAAACAACACAGGAAAUGGUGGAAAUAAUGGACGGAUCAAUGCCGAUAACAGAUGAAUCAAAAGUGGAAAUGAAAAAUAUAUCCAUGGAUGAUCAAAAGAAAAUUAUAAAUUCAAAAAGUUCAUCUAUUAAAAGUACCUUAAAGCAUUAA